AUGAUAACUGAAACAGGAAGUGAAAAUUUAAGAGAAAAAUAUAUUAUUGUAUUAAAAGAAAAUUCUGAAUAUUUACAGAAAAAUAUCAAAAUGUUGAACACUAAUAAUGCAUUAAAGAAUAAUAAGGAUGAUUUAAUAAAACAAAAUAAAGAAUUAAAAGAACAAAUUGAAACAGAAUUAGAUAAGUUAAAUAAAGAAGUAGAAAAAAAUAAAAAGACAAACUAUGCUUUAAAAAUAUUGUUACAAGAAUUUCAAAAUAAAAAUAAAAUAGAUUCAGUAAAUUUAUUUCAAAAUGUUUCUGCUCAACAGAAACUAGAGUUAGCAGCAGAAACUGCUCCAAAUUCAGAUUCAUAUGAUAGUAGUUCAAAUAAAGAAAUUUCUAUACGCUUAAAUAAACUUAAAAAAGAAAUAGCUAUAUUAUCUGAUAUUAAUCAGGAAAAAAAUAUUGAAAAAUCUAAAAAAAUAUUUAAAAUUAUCAAUAAACAACUUAUUCAAAAAGAAAAAAAAUUUAAUUUUUUACGAGAAGAAAAUUAUGAUUUACAAGGACAA